GGAAUACAGACCAGUUGCGUCGCGGAGGGUGACUUCGCGACAACGGAUAUCUCAGCUUGAAUCGCAGGUAUCUAGCUUGAUUAAAGCGAUGCAUCGAAUCGAAGCAAAAUUUGAUAUUCAAGUGGACUCGGCUUCGGAAAUUGCUUUGAGCAACCCGAGCCCUGAACUGGAAGCCUUGGAUGACGAAUCCAAUACGUCGGAUAUUCUUGCAACUGAGCGGCCAUCGCAUUUGCAGUCGCUCUUUCAGAAUAAUUGGCUCAGUUUGGAUAGCCGUCAGAAAGAUGGGCAACAGCAGGAGCGCAAGGAGAGACCAUCCUCGAAUUUGCUGAAUACUGCGAGGGAGGCUCUUCAGAAAUUAAUUCCACCCAAGCAUGAAGUGGUCGAAAUGUAUAAUUCGGCAUUUGAAUGGCUCAAGGUUCUCCACGCUUUCCUCCCCCAGCCAUUUAUUGCUCAAUCCAAAGCCGACGCGCUGGGUAAAUAUGACAGAAUGAUAAAGCCGGAUGUGGACACUAUGGCACUCGCCUCAUGGAUGCUCACACUGGCAAUCACUGCUCAGCAAACACCACGAGAUGGCCCAUCCACGCCUGAGCAAUCUGAAAAGUGGCUGAAGCAAUUCGAACUCUCCCAAGCGAUAUCAGACGCCGUGGAGAGCACGAUCAUUUCUCAUGACCGGCUGCUAGGCACGACAACUGGUCUUAUGCUAUGCAUGCAUUGGACUCGGCUUCAACUGCCUCAAGGCAAUUUCCAGAAAGCAUGGGUUCGUUUACGACACGUUAGCGCGAUCGCCGAGUUAAUGGGACUGCCGAGGGCAUUCCAAGCUUCCCAGCGCAAUCGAAUACCCACAACAAACGAUGAAGUGCUGCUUGAAAAGACCCAGCUAUGGGAAACGAUAUCUGCUGUAGACAGGCUUCUAGGAAUGGUUCUUAACCUUCCUCCAGAUACGCGUUGGCACAGACCUAUCAAGGACGAAGCAUUGACCGUCGGCGGCGUUGUCCAGCCUCAUUUGUAUUUCGCAAAACUCGUGAAUAUUGCUGGAAAGGUUCAAGCUUUGGAUGAAUUGAACACGGCCCACGAAAGUACUGCUCAACUUACAAAAUCUACUUUUGAAAUGGUUGAAGAGCUCAGGUCACUUGCGUCUCAAACUCCGGAGUCUUGGUGGACCCAGCCAAUAGAGCGCAUCAAGCCCGAUAAUAUAGUUCAGGCCAUUCACUACUACGUCCUUUUGAGGGCCUAUAUGCCGCUUGCAUUGCGCCAAACCUCAAUCGAGGAGCCUUUCAACCCCCAGCUAGCCUGUUUUAAGUCAUGCGAAUCAGUGAUACAGCGAAAUGCUAUCCUUCUUGAAGCUGUACCUCCUGGAUUCUUCUUUUACACUAUGAUGGAGUUGCACACAUUCACGGCCACGGUGAUCCUUAUUCUGCUCUCCCAGACAUCUAAAAUCAGUCAACAAUUCAGCCUGCAUGUUGACAAGGCAAAGACCGAAAGGGAGGUGCAACAAGUCAUUGAUAUCAUGCGCAAAAGAAUCAAUAAUACCCCCACCUCACGAAUUGCCGAAAGCGCAGUGAAUACAUUAUCUUCCUUGACUAAUCUCCUACACGAGGACGAAAAUGUUACCGAGGAGCGGAAAUUGAUUUUGGAUGUUCCUCUCUUGGGAAAAGUACAUAUCCAGCGCAACGUUCGUACGGCCCCGAUACCAACAACGGAAAAGGUUCAGCCCUCGCGUACUCCUUCAAGACCGCCGUCAAGGACCAGUCACCAGCCACUCCCUCCCUCUCUUGGCUUGAAUGCAGCUUCCUCAAGCAGGCAAGACUUUCCGCAAUGGGAUGACCUCUCCUGGUUCAUUGAAGAAGACCCUGCCUACUUCCUUCAGGAUACACUCAUGGAAGAUACGUUUGACCAAACUACUCUUUGGUACAAUGGGGUCCACAACUUUUCCUUCGGUGGUUGAUACUAUAUAGAAUGAAAUAUGCAGAGUAUGGCAAAAGAGUCCACUGAUAUGCAAUAAUCCAUUGCGCUGUAACGUACAGUUUUUUACACUGUCAAAUAUUGAGAAUAUAGCCUUGUCGGAG